AGAUCAAAGAUGACCAAGAGUCCAACCUCAGAUUACACUUUAUCAAGUUUGAAACAAAGUACAUAGAGAUGUGUGUUAAUUUUAUUCAAGAAAACAUCCUAUCUGCCGUCAGCAAAGAUAGGGCUUUAAAAGCCACGGGUGGUGGAGCUUACAAAUAUAUGGAUUUACUUACAAGCAAACUUGGCCUCAGAGUUGACAAAGAGGACGAGAUGGAAUGCCUCAUCAGAGGUGGAAACUUUCUUCUGAAGAACAUUUCUUACGAAGUGUUCGAGUUUCAUCGGGACCAGAAUCCUCCAUAUGUCUUCCAAGUUCUUGAUCAUUCGGAAAUAUUUCCUUACCUUCUGGUUAAUAUUGGCUCUGGAGUCAGUAUAAUCAAGGUAGAGUCUGAAAACAAGUAUGAACGAGUUGGUGGAACAAGCAUGGGCGGAGGAACCUUUUGGGGCCUGGGUUCGCUUCUAACGAGUGCUAAGGGUUUUGAUGAGUUACUAGAGCUUGCAACCAAAGGCCAUCACCAAAGUGUGGACAUGUUGGUGAGAGACAUCUAUGGCGGAGCUUACGACGCAUUAAAGCUACCAGGAGACUUAACUGCGAGUAGUUUUGGCAAAACGGUCAGGUCACCGAGAGAUGAUCAAGAUAGUGAUAUAGCAAAAAGUCUUCUGCAUCUAAUUUGCAACGACAUUGGGCAGAUUGCCUCACUUUAUGCGAAACUUAACGGCCUCAAGAGACUUUAUUUCGGCGGAUAUUUUAUCAGAGGGAACCCUGUGACUAUGCACUCCAUAUCUUACGGUAUAAACUACUGGUCAAAGGGAAGUCAAAAGGCGAUGUUUCUGAGGCAUGAAGGAUAUCUCGGGGCCAUAGGAGCGUUUCUUAAAGGAGUAGAAGAAGACGCUGACGUCAAUUUAAGUAAUCUGAAUGUAUUGACGUGGCGAGAGAAUUACGCAGGCAGCUCAGGAUUACCUUCUGUGAAAUUACCCUCCGAUUUGCUCAACUCUCGGAUCUCUGAUGGAGCCAUGUACGAUGUAUUAGAGAUGGACCAAUUUUCUCACAAGCUAGUUCCAUUCCCUCUCCUCUCCUCGCCGAGCGACUACUUUCCUGAUACACAAGACCUUACAGUUGACACAGAUGCACGGGAAUACUGGCUCAGCUGUUUCGAGGACGGACUGGAGAAAGUUGUUGCACGCGCCGUAGCAAGCCAGCCAGACUCUCCAGACGCUAGAGAAAGAGCAGAAAAGUUUCGGAACAAAUUUCGACUUCGCCUCAAUGUUCUCAAGGAACAACCCGCCGCCUAUGGAACGUUGAAUGUACGAAGUUUAUUAGACGUGAGAGAACAAUACCUGAACGAGUUCAGCUUUCCUGAUCCGUAUGCAGAGGUGAAACAAGAAGAAAACGAGGCAGCACUUCUUCUGCUCUCUAAAAGACUUAAGGAAUUGGACGCACUACCAUGGGAACAGCGACAAAUUUCUCUCAUUGAAGGGAUUAUAGCUGGAAAUGUUUUUGACUGGGGUGCCAAGGAAGUCUCAAAGCUCAUGGAAAAAGGAGAACUCGACUUCCACUCAGCGAUGAAAAAACUACAAGCUCGACCAUGGUUAAAAGAUGACCUCGAUACUUGGAUUGAAAGGUCAAAGGGUUCACCUCAUGAGCUGGCUGUCAUAUUUGUAGAUAACAGUGGAGUGGAUAUUAUUUUAGGGAUGUUUCCAUUUGUCAGAGAACUUCUCUCUCGUGGAACGAAGGUUGUCAUGGCUGCUAACUCUUAUCCAGCCUUGAAUGACGUCAUGCACAGUGAACUUGUGAUCUUGACAGAAAAAAUAGCAGAUUUAUGUCCAGAAAUAAGGACUGCGCAUCGAGAAGAACGGUUAGUUCUUAUGGAGUCAGGAAUUGGAUCUCCGUGUUUGGACUGUAGGAGAGUGAACACAGAGCUUGCACUGAAGUGUAGAGAUGCGGAUCUCUUAAUUUUAGAAGGAAUGGGAAGAGCCAUCCAUACAAAUUACGACGCAAAAUUCACGUGUGAUUCUAUUAAGCUUGCUGUAAUAAAGAAUCGCUGGCUCGCUCAAAGACUUGGAGGAGAUAUGUACAGCGUGGUGUUCAGAUACGAGCAAGGACAAACAUCUUCAAUUUGAAGUUAUGGAAGCUGGUUGAUGUUCAUGAUAACAAUGGUGAUAGUACUUGGGUUGAUUUGGUAAUGGUAGUCACGACUAUGAUAAUGAUGAUGAUGAUGAAAAUUUGAUUGAUGGUCAUAAACCCGAUGAUAAUGUUGACCUCGCCGAGAGUCGAGAUGUUAAUUGCGUGAGUAAAAUUGAUGAUAAUGCUGGUGGUCAUUACAACGGCGACACGACGACAGUUCACGUGGUGAUGGUGAUGUCAAAGAUACUGAUGAUAUUGAUAAAGGCGAUAAUUAUUUCAUCGACUCUGGUGAUGAUGGAAACUGCAAUAAUAAUGAUGCUGAUGAGUGUGAUGACGAAAAUGAUGGUAACGACGAUAGCGACCAAGACGAUAGAGUGGUUAGGGCAGGGCAACGAAGGAACUCUUCCCUGUUCCCCACCCCCCCUUCGAACUUUUUGCUCUCGCGUCAAAUAUUGUUCGGCCAUAAUGCGAGAAAUAUCUUCGUUUGUGCGGGAGCGCGUACUAUACAGGCCAUGAUGAUAACGAUGAUGGUGGUUACAGUGACUCUGAAGAUAGUUAUCAGUACUAUAAUGAAAAUGAUUACAGAACGAUAUUACGAUUAUUACACUUAGGUUUGAGAGGACCCUGAUCUGUCAUGGGUGCGGUUUCCCACCCCCCUCCUGCCUCAAGGUUUUUAUCCACCUAUGAUAAACUAUGAGAAAUUGAUAACAAGUGAUCAUAGUCAAUCAUAUCAGAAAAUAAAUUUUAACGAUGAUGGUGAUUAAUUUUAAAUAACAUCAGUAAUUGAAAGCAUCGCUUUGGGAAUAGGGAGGAUACUGAAUAGAUAUAUGUAUGUAAAGGUUUAUAUGAUGAUGAGCUGAAAGAAGCAAGCAUUUUGAUUGUUUCUUACGAUCUGUUGGCGGACAGAAGCAUGGGUGACGUCACCAUCAACAACAUUUUGCUUUUUUAUCAUACAAAACAAAUAGACCCCGUGUAACUGUGGGUCUUUACAGUAAAAGACCAAAGAAGACUUCAAAACGCGUUAUGAACAUCAGUGCCACUGUUUAGUCUUACCACUUCUGUGACGACUCUGUGAUCUAAUCCUGAACGGGCACACUGCAACAUGGGAAGCUAUUUGUUAAUUAGAAAGGAAAUUCCUUUGUUAGUUAAUUACUCCCUAUUUCAUAAGUUGUAUUUUAGAGGAGUGUAAAUGUCGGGUGAGUUUUAGAAAGUAGAAUCAAAACAGGUGUUUAUGUUUACUAAACAGGUGUUUAUGUUUAUUAUAUGUUUGGUAUCUGUCGAGGUAAUUUUGAGUGAGAUGCUGUAUUUGAGUCAUGUAGAUUAGAUAGGUACUGGAGAAAGCUUGAGUUUUUUGUAAAUACUAUACCAAGACAGACUUACUCUACACUAAGUUAAUUGUCAACAACAGAUACUGGCGAUAAACCUGCACAAUGUGCUUUUCAUUUUACGCUCCCCCCGUGAAAGAAAUUUGGCUCUAUAAAAUAUACAAUAAAUAUGCAGGUUAUCAACGCACUAAUUAUGAGAAAAAUUUCGGUAACAUUCAACCUUUACAUCUUAACGUUAUUACGCAUAUACUCCAUACCGUUCACAAUACGUUUCCUUUUGCACUGACAAGGAGAAGGUGGCAAUAGUUUUCUAUCUUUUAAUGACUAAUUUUUGAUUCAGCCGUAAUAUUGUCAUCAAAAAUUAAGUGGUAGUCAAUCGCAAUGUUUACGUGUUAAGACUCAAAUAAAGAUUUUUUCCACAUAGAUUGGCAUUACCAGUUCAAUUCACAUGUUUCAGAAAGUAAAUUAAGAAAUACUCUUAACGGUCAUCACACUACAGAUGAAACUGAUAACUGUAAAAAUAAUAAAUUCAUUAAUGAUUUGACAA